AUGGUCUUCCUUACGCUUGCACUCCCGUCCGCCGUCCUGGCUGUCAAGGCGCCAGAUUCUAAGAAAGGCAUGACGUUCGAGAUCGAGAAGGUGUUCGAAGUUGAUUUCUCUACCGACGCGCAAGGUGGCUGCAAGUCAUAUAAAGAGCUGCUGACGAACUCUUACUACGAUGCGAUCGUUGCUCUAACUGGCGCCCUCAACGCGAUCGAAUCUGUCUCGCAAGUGACCAAGAAGUCUAAGGAUCAUGAUCCCAUUGCGAAGAAAGAAUGGCUCAGGGUGAGACAGACCUAUGAAAAGGUCUUCGGCGUCGACCCGUGGACCCCUGCCGGUGGUCUGACGAAGGACGUCAGUCCUAUCAGGAAGACUUACGAUGAGUAUCUCGCCAGCCUCCAGACUCCAGAGAAAGACAGCGAGAAAGAGCCCCCGAAGUUCACCCUACGCUGCGAAGACGAUUGGCUAGAGUGGCUAGAGCCUACAGAUCCUGAUCCAAGGGAGGCCGGCAAACCGGACGCAAAGAAGUUUACCCUCGAGAAACCUCGUGAAGGCCAGAAAGCAUUCCCCAAAGGCGCUUUCCAGGGCACAAAUCUAGAGCCAUCACGCAGCCUAAUGAUCCGCAAAGAAUGGGUCACACUCAAGAACAAAAAGAAGCCUAUCUGCGGACAUGAUUACGCAGGUCUCGGACCGACCGGCGCCAUGGUCGAUCCGCCUACCGGUCUCAUAGUCUUUUGCAAGACACCGCUCGUUAACAAGGGUGUCGUAGCUACGCUCUCCGACCUCACGUCCCAAAUCAAGGUCGGUGCGGCCAUUGAUCUCGCCCGCUUUGCCGGGAACCCAAUUUGGCUACAUGAGUUCGGCCACCUCCUCAAAAACCUCCGAGAUCAAAGAGCCCUCGACAAGGACGGCAUCAAGAUCAAACAUCCACUGGGAGGGUACGAGAAUGUUUAUCACUGGGAGAUGACGGUGAAUCUUGCCAAGUGUAGGGUUGACGAUGUGCCAGAAAAUCCGGAGUGCUACAGGAUGUUUGCUGUGGCGAUGUAUUGGAAUGAGUGGUUCUGGGCCACGGGAAAGGCGAAGAAGGAACCUGAGGCGGAGGGUGGGAUGGCAGGGCCGUCAAGGAUGAAGCGGGGCAGUAGGAUGCUGAGGGAUUUGGUUGAGCCGGGCGUUAUAGAGCAUUGA